AUAUCAGGAACGGGACUGACUCCCAGUCACAAGUCUCACUGCCGACAGCCGAGCACAGAGGAGCAGUCCUUUGUCUUCACAUUGCUAGCCGCCAGGAAGUCGCGCGCGGCAACCGCGAGACUGAUGCCGGACAAUUGUGGGAGAUUUGGAAGAUCAUAAACAAAAGUUUAUAAUUUCUUUCUUUGGAAGAAAGAGGGAAAUCACAAAAGACUUCAACUUCAUCUUCUCCGACAUCCGUACUUUCAUCCCGUAAUUCGCAUAUCAGCCCUGUUAGUAGAAAUAGCAUGUGUGCAUAGUUUUGCUAUAAUAAAAAUGGGUCAAAUAUGUUCCUACUUGAGGAAAUUUCUGUGUCGGAAAUUUCUGUGUCCUAAAGCAAAAACAAUAACAAUAACACCAAGAGAUGAUCAUCAAGCCAAUGACUUAACAAUUCCUUUUAUAAAUACUCAUGAGAAGCAAUUAGAAAGCCACUACAUCGACAUAUAUGAUCAUCAUAUUCAUGGUGAGCCAAUAUCGGGUUCGAGCACCGUUGAAACCAUUGAAAGUCAUUACAACAACUUGGAUGUUCUAAUUACUCCUCACGUUGUGGUUGAUUUGAAGAGUGGUAAUGAAGAAGAUGUGACGACGACGACGAACAAGAAAAGAAAGGAAUUAGUCAUAGAUGAUGGUGAUGAGCAAGUAAUACCAGAAAUUGUCUUGGAAAAAAAUGUUACUACUACCGUUGUUAAUCGUUUGCCUAGUGUUCCAAAAGAAAUAUUAAGGAAAAUAGGACCGUACACUAGCGCACAGAGAAUACUACUCGUUGGUGAGGGUGACUUCUCUUUCUCCUCUUGUUUGGCUGUUGCUUUUGGUACUUCGCAUAAUAUAACUGCCACUUCUCUCAACUCUGAAGACUUUCUGAUCAGUAACUACGCAAAAUUCUUGACCAACAAAGCAAAGCUUGAGACUCGAGGCAGCAUGGUCCUUCAUGAAGUUGACGCCACGAUUAUGGUGAAACAUCCCAUUAUUGGCAGCAUGGUAUUCGAUCGUAUCAUCUACAAUUUUCCACAUACUGGCCAAUUUGGUAUGACUGACGCUGAACGGCGGUAAGCGAUAUUUUUUUGGUUUUAAACAGCUAGAAUCUAGAACAGUAGUGAGUAUAGUGACUGGUUUUCGAGUCCGAAAUUGAUAUAUCUCCCGUUACGCGGAUAACCCAAUAGAAUAAAAUAAUUAAAACCUAAUUAACUUUGCCGAGCUGAACUAACUUCACGCGUUAUUAAUGUUUAUCAGUUUUAUCUCUAGUGGAUAGAUUAUUCAUUGUGCGUUGGGAAAGAAUUAAGUAUACUUUUGGGUAUUGAACUUGAGAUGUAUUUGCAGUUUACUCACCUAAACUUUAAAAAUUGCAGUUUGUUCACUCAAAGUACUUUAGGACUAAUCAACUCUAAUUUUGGAGCAUUUUUUUUGAACAAUGGGUCGGCAGUUUUCCGGGUUGAGUCCAAUGGACACCAUAACAUCAUUGUUAAUUUUUGACGGUUCAAAUCAAAAUUUGGUGAGGGGUUUUUUGAAGAACGCAAAGAAGAUGAUCGGAGAAUAUGGUCAAAUACACAUCACCUCGAAAUCGAAUGGAUUUUUUCUUCGGUGGGAUAUACCAAAGAUUGGAAGAGAUGAAGGAUUAAAACUUAUCCUCGAAGUGAACUUUAAACGUAGCGACUAUCCUGGCUAUAGCACCAAGUAUGGGUUUGGAGGAGACAAGAACUUCAAUUGUAAUCCCAGCAAAACCUAUAAGUUUGGUCUUUCACUUUCAUGAAAAUUCUGAUAUCUCAAAAUAAAACAAAAAAGACUAAUGCAACAACUUAUUUGGCAUGAUCUAAGUAAAGCUUUUUCUUGGUUUUUCAGAAUCAAUUAUCUAUAUGUCCUUCGAUUUGGUUUUUCAGAGGGAGUAAGACUUUGUUCUUUUGGACUGAACUAAACUUAAUUCGUCCAAACUGAUCUAAAUUGAAAUUGUGUAAGAGGAAAAUAAUUAAACUGAACUUGUUUGAAUUAGAUUGAA